AUGUCUUACCGGAAAGAUGGUUCUGUUGCUCGCCAUGGUCUUCAUAGGGCCUCUUUCGUGAGGUUUCCCCUGCUCGCGAUUUUGAUCAUAGCCCCACAGGCGUCUGCUAAAGCCGCCUUUGCCCAUUUCAUGGUGGAAAAUACAGAGAGAUACACGCUUGCGGACUGGAAAAAUGAUAUCUCCCUCGCUCAUGACGCCCACAUCGAUGCAUUUGCCCUGAAUGUGGCCCAUGGCAAGGCAACCAACGAGAAGUCGGUUGAAGAUGCUUUCUCUGUAGCUGAGAGCCUUGGAUUUAAACUGUUCUUCUCUCUGGACUAUGCCGGUAAUGGGGCGUGGCCCAAGUCGGAGGUGGAGAUGAUCUCCUCGAAUGACUACGGAGAAUACCAUUACAUUGGACCCCUGAAUGACAAAGCCUACGUCGCUUUCACGACUGGCAAGGCACCAUAUAACUAUGUUCGCGGUAUGCCGCAUGAUGGUUGGAGACUUCGACUUCCGUACGUGAUCGACCAGUACAAAAAUGGUAAAGCCUCCUUGACAGAAGAGAGCUUGGUGAUCUGGUAUCGCAAGCAAUCCAGACUCACUUCUAAUGGUGGAGGCAUCACGGGAAACACAGCAAGUCAAUUACAAGUCGAAUACCAUGCCUCUACAGUCUUUGAAAACAAAAUAUUUUUCUCCGCUUUCCUAGGUUCCAACGCCACGGUCGAAGUGACUAUCGAUGGUCUGAAAUUCUAUGCUUCAUGGGAGUCGGAGCCAGAUGGCGGAGUUGGUAUCUACCAUGGCAGUAUUGAUUUCAACUUACACCUGUUUAGAGAUGUUAGUGUGACUGUUGUCCGGGAUCUUGCGGUUAUCAGGGUUAGCGGCACCCCUAUCACUACGGUCUGCGACAACGGUCUCAAUAGCUGGAAUGCGUGGGUGGAAAGCGCAACUUCUGAGACGUUAAUUCCAGCAGUUUCUCCAAAGCUAUCACUGUCCGAUCAAUUCUGUAUUGCUGGAUUAGGAGCUACUAACCUUGCUAGACUCUGUGCGUUUACAUAUAAAUAUGGAUACUGCCCAUUUGGCGCCUGCUACUGUACCGCGAUAGGAAAGAAGGCGCUCCCCAAAGCCACCGGAGUCAAAGGGUAUCCUGCUAACAGGGAUGCCAAUUAUGCUGGCUUAUGUGAUUUCGCGUGCAAUUAUGGAUACUGUCCUAAGACGGCGUGCUCCACCACCGAGAGAGCAGUAUAUAUUCCCACCAGCUCUCCUUUCACCCCGCUAGCCUGUACCAGCGGCGAAGGCGAGGGCAAAAUGGCUGGGCUCUGCAGCUUCGCCUGGCCUCUUUAUGCUCCACCCGAGCCAGAUAGUAUUCAAGGAGUCCCGGAUACUGAUGACGGUGACGAGUAUCUGCUGAUGAAAGGUCUCUGUAACUUCGCUUGCAGUCGUGAAGAUCCGGGCGAUGACCCAGAUAAAGAUAAUGAUGACUGUAUCGAGACGGCCACCGUUACGGAUGAAUGGGUAUCUUGCAAGACUAUUGACUCGACAUCCACCUCAUGCACCACUACAAGCUACCACGUCCACACCGGCUGCCGGGCGACUCCAUCGGCUACGACCACAGGGGUAGAUGCCUGCUACUCUGUAAACCCGUACGCGGACCAAGGACAAGACGGUGGAGCAUCAUCUAAGCUCGUCACCACGACUGAUGAUCGCCGGGUCACCACCAUUACCCACGAAAAGACCAGCACCACUACUCACCGGCCCGAGCAGACUCAUACCGUUGAUGGGGGUGUAAUUAGAUGCAUGUCAGACAACAAUGACUACAAGCAGGAAGACAAAGCUCAAUUUGGCACCCUCACUUCAACUCCGUUGCGCGCUCUGUCUGCGAGCAAGAAAAUGUUGACUUUUCUUCCGAUGGCAAUGGCAACUACGGCAUAG